AUGGACCGAGCUCCAAGCAAUGCUGCUCUGUCAGGGAGCAGUGAGAUUAAGUUUUCAUCGACGGCUUCUGCUGCUGAGACAUCAAGCAGACUGUUAUCUUUUUUGUCUCAGUCGCAACUGCGGCAGCAGCUCGAGUGCCAGGUGCGCUACUUCCUCUCGGGGAAACUUUUGAAUUGCCCAGGGGAUGAGGGGGCUUUCUAUGAACCUGCAAGCUUAGAGCAGUACGGAGAGGAUCAACAAGCAUCCAGGAAAACCCUUGCUUUUAAGGCGACUCUCUCUCUUGUUCUUCUCUGGCUUAAGGCCCAUGGCUUGGUUCACACAGCUGGGGUACUUUGCCCCGAGGCCGACAUGCGAACCAGUGAUGUUCUGUCGCAAGAGGAGUGCCAGGCUGUUUUACAGUUGCCAAAAGCUCUUCUCAAAAGACCACUCACCCCUUGUGUAUCUACGGGGCUUCAGUGGAAUUUGCUCGACCGCUUGAUUGAUGCUGUUAGCCAGCAUGGCGCCGCCCAAGCAUCGAGUUUGCCCAGCACUGACGGCGUCUCUGCAGCGGAGCGGAGGGCCUCCAGUGCAAGUAAGACUCGAUGCUCCUCAAGCGAUGAGGCAACUAGCUCUCCUGGCAGGAGUGACAGAACUGAAAACCUACACCGGGCCAAGAGGGUCAAGGGAACGUCUUGUCCACCCAGGAGUGCUCGCAAGCAAAAGCUAGAACCCGCAGUUUCUGGGUCUGAUUCCCCAAGAUACAGCAGUUCAGGGGUAGAGGCCUCUAGGUGGAAUGAAUGGCGUGAAAUGGCACAAAACAAAAUGCUUCUUUUGGAAGCCCAUUUAAAAGGCCUCGAACUGCGUGAGUCGUCAAAACGACUAGUUGCAGCCAAUGAAGAAUCCCGAAAUAUGCUGGACCAGCGCAUUGCCACCUUAGAAAGCACAUACGAGAAACGAAUGCGGCAGCUAGAGAAAGCGGUAGACCAGGCAACAGGAAGGCAAGGAACGGAAGCACAAGAUACUACGACGCUUGAUCACCCCAUCAGUAUGCUUGAGGCACGAAGCAAACUCGAGGCCCGUUUGGCCCGACAAAAGGACAUGGAAGCGCUGCUCGUCGAACGUGAAGCGAAAUUGUCAGAGAGAGAACGCCUUUUGGAUGAUAGAGAAAAAGAGCUGCUCAGAACAGCCCUCCGUAUUGAGAAAUAUGAUUCGCGUAUAGAACAAAAUGAAACGAACAUGAUGUUGACGCAGGAAAACGCAAGCUUCCGUUCUCAGCUUUUGCAAGCAAGGAUGCAGGUGAAGGCGCUAGAGGCGCAGCUACAAAGACAGGCGAAUGAAUGCGUUAGUGAAUGCGCAAAUUGUAUGCAGCCAACAAAUAUAAACGAAGCGAAGAAUAAUGAAGAGGUUUCCACUGGCGCAAAGCAACUGCCAGUAGGAACGCCCCCCGUUGCCCAGCGAGGUGGGAGCUCAGAGCAGACUUCAACGGUAGCUCUGAAAAAGGAAUACGAGGGCCAUGUGGCGCGCUUGACGGACGAGAUUCAACGCAGCAAUGACCAGCUAAGGAAUAAGGAUGCGGAAUUCAAGCUCCUCGUCGUGGAGCUUGAGUCUGCUCGACGCAAGAAUGCUGAAGCACAAAAACGUCUAAAGAAAAUGCAAAAGCUGUAUGAAGCCGCACGAGCUACCUGCGUUCAACACAGAAAGCUGGCGUCGUCGAUGUCCCUCUCGCUUAGUUGUAUGGAUUUGGCUGUGGAGCCGCCGCCUGACUUUGCGGAGCGGGAAGCGCGCGAUCUCCUUGGGAGUGAAAACGUUGCUCCGAAUGCUCGCGAACUAUCGUAUAAUGCAGGCAGUCGUGCUGGGCUACUUAUGAAUGGCCAGCCACAAAUCCAAGGAUACGGAAUUAGGGGAGAUGAUUCUCGCUGGAGCAGUUGGGAUGACUUAAACAGCGGAGCUCCUAGAAAGGAUGUUCAUGAGCAGCAUUUGUGGAACGCCGCAAACGAUCUGCAGAAACAAAGCCACAAGCCACAGAGUUUUCAAACAGCAGAGGAGUUCGUAGACAGUGUUCGUCCUAACUUCCAGCGCUGCAGUCUCUUUACCUUGGAAAGGCAGGCGUUUAGCUCUAGUUUCCGUACCCUUAGCAGUCGUUUAGAGGGACAAGCCCAGCAGCUCAGCGAGACCUCAGACGCUGUAAAUAGAGCACUGUCUAUUUCGACACCACCAGUGGGUUCUGGUCUUGGAGGACCGGAUGCAAGCGAGUCACUAAAGUGCUCGCGAGUUUCUCUUGAGCGCAACUCGCGAGCGUUCAGCCUUCAUCUAAGUGGAGAAGCUGGGGACUUGAACAGUCGCGUUUUGAGAGAAGAAGUAUCCAAAGAAAUAGUGGGUGCAUCCCGUUCUUCUGCUCCACUCCUUUUCACCGAGACCGCUAACGAAGCGCCACCGGUACGGGAAACGAGUUCGGCCGGGCUCGAUUUACAUUCCGUUCCUCUGAAGCAAGAGGGUUCAGCGAGCUUGCCCAACGAAUCCACGAAGGCUUUUGAGCAGGGCGGUGAUGCGGAUCAUUUCACCGAGCGACGGCAAGAGCCAGAACUUAAUCUAUGCAACAAAGCCUUCUGCAGCAACACUUUGAAGGCUGAGCCAAAAAGUCCAUCUGAUGUCGGUCUAGAUUCUGCAGGAAAUGAAAACAUAGAACAGUCGAGCGCUAAGCAGCUCCUUGUUUCCCUUGGUCAGGGUGAAACGCUUAUUGCCUCUAAUGCCUCCCUCAAUGGCCAUGAUGUUGCAACUGCCCGCUCUCCUCCUGGAGUGACCCCAAGUGGAGUUUCCUCCACAGACCCUGCCGCAGCAACAAUAGAGAGCAAGACGUCUGUGGAAAGGCACAUAAAGCCUCAAGUCGAAGUAGAGGGCUCAGCGCAUGAAGGCCCAUCGGAGAUAAUCGAGCAUCACAGCACACUGAAUGCAAUGGAAGCAUCCUCAGCGAGGAACGUUCAAGAGGUGACAGUAUCUGCCCCAUUAAGGCCUCCGCGGGGAAACGCCAAUGGCGGCACAGAGCCAUCCGCCUCUACUCCACAAGGUUCCUAUGAAGGCGAGAUCCCAUGCUUCUCGCCUGUUGCAGAGAACACUCCACCGGAGCCAUCACCCCUGGUUAUGCAGCGGGAAAAUGAAGGUUAUACAGGUUCCCGGGCGGAAAGUCCCUGGGCAGAAGCUUCCAUUUCUUCAUCUUUGCCAGCAUCUCCCCAAGAUCUGUCUAAUUUUCCUUCCCUUUCCUGUCCAGUGGCUGCGACUAUUGAAGGCAUCCCUUCCCCUGCCCGCUCCAGAUUCGAUUCCCGCGGAGGCUGGACAGCUGAGCGUAGGAAGCCUCCAUUCAACAGCAGUAUUUCGGCGUCAUCCUCACCAUCAGAGCACGAAUGGCUAGCUUGCGUUUCCCCUACAGACCCAGUCAUCCACAGGAACACAACAGACAGCCACCACGAGGCAUGA